GGGGCAGAGUUCCUGCAUCCCCAGGAAGCCACCUCCCAGCUUAGGGGGUGGAUGCAGCAGAGGCCCGCGUGACCUUGCGGCUGACAUUCCUCAGCGGCCACGUGGCCCCAACUGGCAGGGACAGCUGCAGACAAGGGCUGAACCAACUUUGUUCCCAAGGUGGCACCCGCUUUCCAUCAGGCCCUGCUCGGCUCCUGCCCGCCGCUGCCUUCCUUCCCAGGGCUCAGCGGCAGCUGGCACAGUGUGUCCCCCGCCAUGAGUGCCUAGAGGCACAGAGCCACCAGGGUCUGUCCGUGUGGGGUGCGGGCUCUGGGAAGAUGGGGCAGGACCAGACGAAGCAGCAGAUUGAGAAGGGGCUCCAACUGUACCAGUCUAACCAGACAGAGAAGGCUCUGCAGGUGUGGAUGAAGGUGCUGGAGAAGAGCUCAGACCUCGUGGGGCGCUUUCGUGUGCUGGGCUGCCUGGUCACGGCCCACUCAGAGAUGGGCCGCUACAAGGAGAUGCUGAAGUUUGCUGUGGUGCAGAUCGACACAGCUCGAGAGCUGGAGGAUGCCAACUUCCUCCUGGAGAGCUACCUGAACCUGGCGCGCAGCAACGAGAAGCUGUGUGAGUUUCACAAGACCAUCUCCUACUGCAAGACCUGCCUCGGACUGCCUUGCACCAGGGCAGGUGCCCAGCUUGGAGGCCAGGUCAGCCUGAGCAUGGGCAAUGCCUUCCUGGGCCUCAGCCUCUUCCAGAAGGCCCUGGAGAGCUUCGAGAAGGCCCUGCGCUACGCCCACAACAAUGACGACGCCAUGCUCGAGUGCCGCGUCUGCUGCAGCCUGGGCAGCUUCUAUGCCCAGGUCAAGGACUACGAGAAAGCCCUGUUCUUCCCCUGCAAGGCCGCAGAGCUCGUCAACGACUAUGGCAAAGGCUGGAGCCUCAAGUACCGGGCCAUGAGCCAGUACCACAUGGCUGUGGCAUAUCGUCUGCUGGGCCACCUGGGCAGUGCCAUGGAGUGUUGUGAGGAGUCUAUGAAGAUUGCACUGCAGCAUGGGGACCGGCCACUACAGGCACUCUGCCUGCUCUGCUUUGCCGACAUCCACCGUAGCCGUGGGGACCUAGAGACAGCCUUCCCCAGGUACGACUCUGCCAUGAGCAUCAUGACUGAGAUCGGAAACCGCCUAGGGCAAGUGCAGGUGCUGCUGGGGGUGGCCAAAUGCUGGGUGGCCAGGAAGGCGCUGGACAAGGCUCUGGAUGCCAUCGAGAGAGCCCAGGACCUGGCUGAAGAGGUGGGGAACAAGCUGAGCCAGCUGAAGCUGCACUGUUUGAGCGAGAGCAUCUACCGCAGCAAGGGGCUGCAGCGGGAGCUACGUGCCCACGUCGUGCGCUUCCACGAGUGUGUAGAGGAGACCGAGCUCUACUGCGGCCUGUGUGGGGAGUCCAUAGGCGAGAAAAACAGCCGGCUGCAGGCCCUGCCUUGUUCCCACAUCUUCCACCUCCGGUGCCUGCAGAACAACGGGACAAGAAGCUGCCCCAACUGCCGCCGCUCCUCCAUGAAGCCUGGCUUCGUGUGACUCCACCAACCGUCCUGGGGUCCCGCCUCACCUCCAGGGUUCCUUUUCCACCACCUCGCUGGAGACCCCUGACUGGCCAUAUCUUGGAUGCCUAUUUAUUCCUAGCGCAGCUGCCGGGGCCUCCUCAGGCCUCCACCGGGGUCUGGGGCCUGCCCACUGCAGCCCCUUAAGGCCCAGCUGCCCUCCCCUGCCUCUUUGUACUUUGCUCUUUAUAGAAAAAUAAACCAUUU